UCAGCUGACCGAAACUCACGCGGUUCCUCCUCACGUGACUCGGCGCUUCUCCGGCCGCAGCUAAACAUGGCGGUGGCCGUUUCCUUGCUGCUCUCCCUCUGCGUUUGGCCGUUUCUUACACGGCCAGCUUCUGCUUUUAUCGGCCGAGGCGACACGUACCAUCGGAAGGUGUCCCUGGAGUUGAACCCAGGUUUAAACUCUUCGCAUACUGCUCCUCUGGGUGUUAUUAAUCUGCUGCAUGUGAGGGCAACAGGGAACAACGACACCCUGCAUUUUAUCUUCUGCAGCCAGGGGGCGCCCGCAGUGCUGUUGGUCCACACCGACUCGUCCUCUUCCUCUUUGAAGGUGGACUGGCCUAAAUUUCUUUCAGGCAACCUCUCUGGCAGCCUGAAGAUAGAACCAGAACAUACUGUUCACUAUAGCAGUGCGCUGGUCUUCACUAGACUGUGGGAGUAUGAUGAUGGCAACGACACAGCGGACCCCACACAUUUGCCCCCCUCCAGUUUCUUUCCACCCUACGAGCUCCAGAACUUUACCUGGGUGGACCUCAACGGGACCCUCAACUAUACAACCCACACCGCCCAGCUCUGUGGAAAAGGUCCCACGGAAAGUUUCCACAAUGGCUCCUUCUGUCUGGGGUUCUCUGCCUUUGAGUCGGAGGGGCGUGACCCGGCCUGGCCUUGCCUGCUUCACAACGCUAAUGCCUCUCAGGUGCGGUUUUGGCUGAAGGGAGUAACGGGGAGGUCCAAUUUCUCACGCUUUGUUCUGGAGCUCCAGCACGUUGAUAGCAAGGAACUGUCGAGCCAAGUUGAGACACUGAGGUCCAUCGAUGAUGAGUACACGCCCUCCAUUUUCCAAGUGUCGCAGUGGGUGUCUCGUCCCCUCAACUCGACUUCACCCAUUCUCGGAUAUGUCCAGUGGAAACCGGUAGCUUACCGUACAGAAACUCCCGUGCUUAAUGAUGCCACUCCUUGUCGGCACUCGCAGCUCAUGCCCACGGACCAGCUGCCCGCCUCUGACCUCAUCCUGGCAUAUUUUGGCGAUGGUUACAAUGCCCACAGGCUUAACGUGACCUUCAGCAUUGCUGGAGACCCUUUCUACAAUGCCACUAACUACCUCAGCUGGACCGUCUUGGUGGGUCUGGGCUCACCUCCCAUUGAGUCCUUCUCAGCCCUGGUUAUAGGCAUCAUGGCUCUGGGGCUGGGCAUUCCCCUGGUCCUCAUCCUCUUGGGUGGGGUGUUCGUGUGCGUCCGCAAGCAGCGCCCUGUCCCGCAGGGCUAUGAGCCAAUCAACUAACAGCCAGGCCGCGUGACUUUGUGGAGGCCUGCGUCCCCUUGGGCGCCCUCGUUCAGGUCUGAGGACCAGCUUAUCUGACCACUGUACCUUCCAACAAUAGACAAGAGUCAUGGGUCCACGGCUGCACCCUGAUUUACACUCUUUCGUCAUCUUUUUCACUUAACACUGCCAGUUAGUGCACUUUAGAUAUCCGCUAAGAGGUAUCCGUUAAAAAUGAUUUUCAAGAGCACAGUAUGUGAAAAGCCUGAAAAGGUCAUAGACCUGUUUGAGUUCAGUAAAUGGCAACUAACUAGUGGGCUUUGUUGCAGUUUAAAAAUUCUAGAUUGCUUAGGAUGGUAUCAUGUUAGUUUGCUGGUCUCCAGGUAAGCCAGCAAUACGAGGGAUCUUAAGAGUUUUUGAGUUUGUUGCUCAGACAGAAGGAUAAAGUUUGCACAGGAAAUGUCAGAUUUCAAAUGGACUUUUGCUAAUCUGUUUUAAAGGUUUUGAAUAUAGGUUAUAAAGGAGUGAACUGUUUCAUUUCCAAUGGAAUAUUAAUAAACAAAUGUAUUUUUGCUCUGAGCUGGUGCUUAUUCUUGUACAUUAGCAUGUUGUUCAUUUUGAUCUUGGUAAAUCUUACUUUAAUGUACUAAAUAUUGCUGUUGCAGAAUGAAACGUUGCUUAGAGUUUUGGAGAAGCCCCCUGUCACCCCCCCCCCCCCCCAGCACCAUCAAGACUCUCUGUAGCUUCUGCCUAGUCACAUAUAUGGUGGUGGGAGAUGUAACAAACGUUCUUUUUGAAAAUUGUUCUAUCAAUUAUGUUGUUAAUGUUAAAUAUUGGUCAAUGAUCACCCUCUUAGUCAAUCAAAAUUCAAUAAUUGCUCGCUGAAAUUAAUCAAAUAAUGCAAGUUUACUCUGGUUUAAUUUUCACGAAAAAGGCACAUUGGCCUUUUAAAAUCCAUUUCUAUCUGAAAAAAAAUUAAAACGAAGCCAGUGAUAUUUUGAGGUUAAUGUGAUUUUAAACUUGAUCUUUACUGAAUUAAUCAAACCGCUAAGGCCUGCAAAGAAUUAACUGUCUUACCUUUUCAAAAAUGUUCUAAAAAAAGCUUUUUGGUUUUUUUCCAGCAGUCCCUGGACAUAAUGCUGCUUGUAAUUAUCUGUAUAUAUUCUCAUCCUUUCCUAUUAAACUUUCCUUCAUUUUCUUGAGA